AUGAAACGUACUGUAGUAGAGAGAGAGAGAAGAGAGAGAGAGAGGAAAGAGAAAGCGAUCAGAGAUGCAAUCCCACAUUGCAAAUGGUCAGAGAAGACUGCAUCUAUCCACAGUUGGACAAUCAAUCUGAGACAGAUGAUGGUCAACACUGACUGUACCGAAGAGGAAUUGGCCAAUCACAUGGGUCAAUUGUUUGACGAACCAGAUCGUACAUGGUACUACUUGCUCAAUCCCAGACCUGUCACAGUACAAACUUUGUUGGAAGCCAUGAACACAAGAUUCGACAUUGCUAGCAAGAACAUAAUGUUGAGAACAGAGUUGGAGCACUUACAUCAGAAUGGAUCACCCAUUGCCAACUUCAACUCUCGAUAUGGAGAAAAGGAGCACACGUUGAACAUGAGUGAAGAAGAGAAAGUGUUCCAUUACACCAGCCGUUUGGACCCAGAGAUCCGUGUCCUUACUCUCAUGAUGCAUCCAGCAAACCUUGCACAGGCCAAGAGCAAAGCAGUCGAGGUGUCUACUUCUCUUGGAUUGGGAAAGAAGAUCAAGUUCACUUCUUUCAGUAGUCAUGCCAACAACAACAGCAAUAACAACAACAAUAGUAGCAACAACAACUAUAGUAACAAUAACAAUAAUAAUAAUAAUAAUAACAAUAGUAGCAACAAUGGCAACAAUCAUUCCUUUCGCUCCAAUCAGCACUACAAGAAGCCAAGCAACAGAUGCAACAAUGUUUCAUUCGAUGAGAAGGAUGUUGAGACAUUAACUUCUGAUAAAUUGAACAAUGGGAGGGUUGAGACUCAUUCACACAAACAACAAAGUAAUACAAACAAACAGAUAAAGAAACAUGAACAGAUAGAAGAGGUUGAGACCUCUACAGAGAUUGAGAUCUCUAACACAGACACAGAUUCAGUACAGAGCGAGAAGGUUGAGACCUCUACAGAGAUUGAGAUCUCUAACACAGACACAGAUUCAGCACAGAGUGAGAAGGUUGAGACCUCUCCAACUCAAACACAGCAGACCAAUGAGUACAAGGACAAGGUUGAGACCAAGUCACCAAACAAUCAAUCAUUAGAUAAUGAUACAAAGGUUAGAGAGCCGACUGUCAAGGUUGAUACCAAGACAAACAUUAACAAAGAGUUGACACUCGAUGUUAUUCCAAUCAAGAUAGAUAAGAGAGUUGCCUCAGCAAUCGUCGAUACAGGGGCCAACUACUGUCUCAUUGAUCCAUCAAUUAUUGCAGACAUGAAGAUCGAUAUCAGCAACAAAGAGACAUUCAAUAUACAGUCACCAGUGUUUGAGAACACUUCAACAACAAGUAAUCAGUCAGUCAACUUAGAGAUAGAUAUCAACAAUCACAAGUUCACAAUGUUGUUCGUUGUCACACCUAUCAGAGCGAUAUAUAAGGUGAUCAUUGGCAACAAUAAGGCAGCUGAGACAGCAGCAAGAGAAUGGAUGCGAGCAAGGGAAUUGGAGAGUCAGUUUAUGGAAGAGUUCAGUGACGUCAUUGUGGAUGAGAUCACCACUGGAUUGCCACCAGCCAGAUCAACUGACCUUAAGUUGAAACUCAUUGAUGAGAACAAGAUCAUGCGUGGUUACCCUUAUCGCAAGUCACCCAAACAGCAAGAGGCAAUGGAUCAGAUAACCAAGCGACUGUAUGAGAGAGGUGCCAUCAUUCCAUCGACAGCAGCACAUGGAUGCACAGCCAAUGUCAUUUGGAAGAAAGAUGGACGACCAAGACUGAUCAUUGACUUCAGACCAGUAAACAACAACAUUGUCACAGCAACAGACAAUAUACCAAGAACAGACGACAUCAUCAAUCGAUUUCAAUCCAACAAGUGGUUCACAGAUGCAGAUAUGAUUGAUGGUUAUUGGCAAUGUCGUGUCUCACCAGAGAGUUCAUUGAACCAAUACCUGGACGAUUUAAUCUAA